AUGAUGUAUAGGGAACUAUUAAAGCAUUUUGAACGGGUUUGUGAUAUUGCAUUGGACACUGAAGUAAUGAGGCGAUAUAUUAAGUAUCAUUUGAACAUAUUGGAGCAUGACCUUUUGAAUUGGUAUAAUGAUCAAAUGAUAGUUCCAAAUUGGGAAUUGAAAGAUACACAUGAUGGUGUGGGUGAGGGUGAGGGUGAGAGUGAAGAUGAGGGUGAGAGUGAGGGUGAAGGAAGAAAUAUAAGAGAUCCUAGAUACGUAGCUUCUCGUGGACGUCCAAGGUUGAAUAGAUAUAGAGGGCGAAUUGAUUCAUACUUUAGAAGUUCACAAAUGGCUGGUGGAAGUGGAGUUAGAGGUAAUAGGAGGGGUAGAGGUGUUGGUAGAGGUGGUGGUAGAGGUGUUGGCAGAGGUGGUGGUAGAAGUGGUGGUAGAGAUGGUGGUAGAGGCCGUGGUAGAGGUGGUGGCAGAGGUGGUGGAAAUACUGGGCUAGCAGAAGGAAUUGAG